GGAAGUCUCACACGAACACAGAUCACACCGCCCUAGGUCUGUGGCUGCAUUUCACAGGAAACCAAACCUACAACGGACCUAGGAGGAGUUUUCUGCUAAAGGACACUGCUUAGUAUUGAGAAUAAUCAACCCACUGCCUUACGGAUUACCAGCUCCAGGAAUUCGUGAUGCCACCACAAGGCCCCACGCAGGAGACCGACAUCUCAGCACGGGGCCUUUCGCACUCCCCACACUGUUCAGGCUGAUUUGAAGAUCCCUCUCAUUUGCCGGGUGCCAAGAACUAUGAACAGACAGGGCAAUAGAAGGACAACGAAAGAAGGAUUCGGUGAUUUGCAAGUCCAGAACGUCACUCUGCUGAAAAAUAAGUCAUGGCCUCGGCUCAAUAGUGCCACAGGCAGGUACCAGACCAUCAGCGAGCCUCUCCUGGAUUUCGAAAGGAACUUCGCUGCAGUCCCGGAUGGAGCAAAAGAUCACGGGGAUGACUACUAUGAAGACCCUGAGCUGCACGUGGCAGAGGCGUGGCGAUCGAUGAAAAUCCUACCAGCCAGGCCUAUAAAGGAAUCUGAAUAUGCGGAUACGCGCUAUUUCAAGACUGUGGUGGACACUCCCUUUUCCUCAGAUGCCAAGGCUGCUAUCCCCACGGAGGGGCCACCCUGGAACACGAGGCUGGAAGAAGUGGACAAAUGCAUUUCUAAGGACAUCAGAAGCCAACAUGCUAAAGGAAACACACCCGCCAAAGGAAACAAGACUCCUUUACCACCUCCUCGGCCACCUGGCUCUGUUCCAAAGAAGUACCAGCCCUUACCCGUUCCAAAGAAGUACCAGCCCUUACCCGCCGAGCCGGAGAGCAGCAGGACGCCCUCCCCUCAGAGGCACACCUUCCCCGAAGUCCAGAGAGGGGCCAGACAGAUCAGCUUAAAGAACUUGAGUGAGGUCCUUGGAACAGAGAAAGUGCCGCAUCACCCCAUGAAACCCAAAGCACCUCACCUGUCAAAAAAUCAGAGUGCUCCCGAGAUCCCUCUCGCCAUUGCCAGCUCUUCACUCAUGAUGAGCACCCACAGCAUGCGAAACAGAGAUCAUAAAGAAAGCACGCAGACCCACCCUCUUCAGAGAAGUCAGUUUCCAGCCAGCUACAGCCCUCAGGAAAAUUCACUUCACUAUAAAAACACGAGCUGGAGAAAACCUUUCUCUGUAAGGUCUGAUGAAAAGGAUGUCCAGCACAACAAAUGGUACAUUGGAGAGUACAGUCGCCAGGCAGUAGAAGAGGCAUUAAUGAAGGAGAACAAGGAUGGCACUUUCUUGGUCCGAGACAGCUCCACGAAAUCCAGGGCUGAACCCUACGUUUUGGUGGUGUUUUAUGGGAACAAAGUCUACAAUGUGAAAAUCCGCUUCCUGGAGAGGAACCAGCAGUUCGCCCUGGGGACGGGACUCCGAGGAGAUGAAAAGUUUGAUUCGGUGGAAGACAUCAUUGAACACUACAAGUAUUUUCCUAUUAUACUAAUUGACGGGAAAGAUAAAACUGGGGUUCACAAGAAACAGUGCUACCUGACUCAGCCACUUGCUCUCAGCAGACUGUUCUCGCCUUAGUAGCUCGGCAUUUGUUUCCUCUUCAGCUCAGUGGAUUCAGUGCCUCUGUCAUUUGCCAUUUAUUUCAAAAGAUUAUUUUUUGUGGAUUUAAAGGAUGACUUCUUUGACUUCGUAAAAAAAAAAAAUUCUAUAAUGGAAAUUGGAAAAUCAAUCAUGGUUUUGAAAGCUCAAGCCCCAAAAGAAAUAUUUAUAAGAUCCAAAAAUAAAACCUAGCUUUUAAAAAAUAUCUUCUAAAGACAAAACUGUAAAGAUAGUCCUGCUCAUGUUAUAGCUGAGCAGCACACAUUACAAGAAGCUAUUGCUUAAAUGUUUGCAGCUAACACAGGACGAGUCAUGGUGAGAUUCCCAAAUCUACUCGUAUGCUCUUUUAUAGGACCUGGUGCGGCCUUUCUUUAUUUCCAAACUGUUUGGACUUGAAAAUGUCUAGUAUUUUCAUGAUUCCUUCCGCUAAAAAUGUUGGCAAAUGUUAGCUCUAUUUUAUUUGGAAUCCUGGAAAUGCAAUUAUAGGGGAGGAAUGUGGUAUAGAAAAAAGAACAUGUGUGAAUAUCACUUUAAAGACAGAAAUCAGAAAUGCUUUUACUAUGGUGUGAAAUGGCCAGUCUCCAGGAUACUCUGUUUAGAGUAGCUUUAAAGCAAAUGGAAUUAGCAGGCUCGUAUAAUAAGGGACUGAGCUGAAUCGGAGAGAAAGUAUCGUUUUUAAAAAUUAAAAUUGUCAACUUCCAUUCGAAAGAAAACGACUGCCCUCAACUUAGUGCUAUCUUGCACACGUCAUGUAGUCCCACUCUAGGCUAAGAGGAUCAAAUUGUAUUCCUGUUUCACAAUACAGAUGAAAAAAGAGAGGCUCAAAGGAGUUAUUGAUUUUAGCAUAAGAAGAGAGCCCAGAUUUUUAUCCAUUUUGCCUGGCUUGUUCCAAGCACAUUUUCCCAGGUAUAGUCCUUAUGCUAUGAAAUGUUGCAAUCAAGUUGAAAAGAUAAAUUACAGAGAGGAACAGAGGAAGAGAGAGAGAGAGAUAACUU